AUGGUCCCUCAUUACUCAUCUUCUGAUUGUGUGAUCGGUGGGUUCGAUGUUCCACGAGAUACGAUCGUGUUGGUUAAUUUGUGGGCUAUACAAAGAGAUCCAAGCGUGUGGGAUGAUCCCACGUCGUUUAGACCGGAGAGAUUUGAAGGAAAUGAUCAGCUUCGACACUAUUGUAGUAAAAUGAUGCCGUUUGGGUUAGGCAGACGGGUUUGUCCCGGGUUGGGUUUGGCUAACCGGGUUGUUGGGUUGGUGUUGGGUUCGAUGGUUCAGUGUUUUGAAUGGGAGAGUGGCUCAGGAGGUCAGGUUGAUAUGACUGAAGGUCCGGGACUCAGUAUGCCUAAGGCUGAACCAUUGGUUGUCACGUGCAGACCACGUGAGGCGGCUUCCGAAUUGUUGUUCUUAGGAGCCAAGAAUGUCUAA